UGCUGUGGACUUUAUUACACUCACAGGCGAGCCUGUGAGGGAAGGUGUCCGCAUGAAAGCUGCCAGUUUCUCCGCUGGCCUUUGUCGACGUGAUCGAAGAUGACCUAAGUUUCCCUGACUGGCAAGGCGAGAAGGGAACUGACCAUUGAUCCUGAACAUUCCUUCUCUCUGAUCGGGAGAAUUGACAACAUGCUCAUCCCUGGAGUGAAGGAGCUGCAGAGGACAUUCCAGUAGGAUCGGCGGGACUUUGGCUGAUGGGACAUGAGCCCCUUUGCCUAGCCGGAAGACUAGUUUUGAAGAGCCACCGGUAAAGAUGACUUCCGAACGCCUUGGUGUGCACUGGAACAGGCUCGGGCAAAGAUGUGCAUUACCAUGGUGAUCAUUCACCCAAAAACACUGGAAAAGAAGAAGGGUGUCGAUGAUGUAACCUGCAAGGCAUCAGACUCGGAGCUGCAGAAGCCUCAGAAGAUGAGCAAAGGGACGGCUCUCUACGCUUGCGGAGUUGUGGAGAGCGACGGCUGGCGGGACCUGGGCCGGGGCUGUGCCUUCCAGAAGGACCCCGGGGGUGCCAGCCUGGAGUGCCUGUGGGGCGUGCUGCCGGGUCCGUACCAGGGCAGCCGGGGCUGGGUGAAAGAGGCGGGCGCAGCCAGUGCCAUCACUAACCUGAUCCGGGACCUGAGCCUGAGUGACGCCAAGGGCAGCCCGUCCGCCGCGCCGCCCAGCAAGCGCCAGUGCCGCUCCUUGUCCUUCUCGGACGAGCUGAGCGUGUGCCGGCCGGCGUGGCGGCCGCAGGGCUCGCGGGUCUGGACGGCGGUGGAGAAGCGGCGGUGCCACAGCGGGGGGAGUGUUCAGCGCGGCCCCUGCACCCUCCCGGGGUAUCCCGCCAUGCAGCGCAGCUCCAGCUUCAGUCUGCCGGCCCGCUCCAAUGCCUUCCCCCAGCACACGGCCUGCCUCCCCAUCGCUGGUUUCCAGCCCUCCCCUCCUUCCUCCUCCUCCUCCUCCACCAGCGAGGCAACUGGGGAUUCGGCUGCUGGGCCGCGGCCUCUGUCCCUCUCCCAUGAACAGAUCUGCCUCCCCGAGCCGCGCGGGCCCUCUGCUGACAGCUCCCCCGAUUCCACGCCCGAGCUGGGGCGCCGUGCGGGUCCCGGGGGCCUGUCCAGGAGCCGCUCGCAGCCCUGCGUCCUGAACGAAAAGAAGAUCGGCGUGAAGCGCAGGAGGCCGGAGGAGGCUCCGGAGCAGAGGCCCUCCCUCGACCUUGCCAAGAUGACUCAGAAACUUCAGAAUUUCCACAGCCUCAGCUGCCCCGGGUUUACUGGCGCUGACUGUAGCCAAUCCAGUCAAGCUCCUCCCUCUUGCAAGAGCAUCAGCCAAUACAACGUGGACUCCACCCCUGAUGGGGACAUGGAGGCGGAGACUCACCAAAACACUGAAGAGGAGGGUGGGGAAAGCAGGGAGGACUUGUCCAAUGAGGAGCUGGUGUGUGAUUUUGCAGGAUGCGGGGACUCGAAGAAGGCGGCUGCGAAUGGAGAGCAGACCGAUGGGAGCUUGCAGGUGUUUUGGGGGACCACGAAGAAUGUCUUUCAGCUGGAUGGGGAGCUGGACAUUGAGCAGAUUGAAAGAAACUGAGUCCUUUCGUGCCCAUACAGAUAGCUGUGGGGUUGCAAAAGCCAGGAGAGAAAAAGUGUCCCUCAAGAGCAAGGCAGGAAGGCCACCUCAACCAGGAAACGGCCUGGUCUAACUCUUGGUACAAUGCUUUGAUUUUGAAUGUCAAGAGAAUCCGGGGUGUCAGAAGACAUUGUGUGCUUGCAGCAUUGGUCUAGUGUUCUCCAUGCUUCCGGGAGAGAAUUCCCCCAGCUUGCUUGGUCUGCAAAUGUUUGGAGCUAGAUAAGCAGGGUCUAAGAGAGCUGUGCUCUGGUUUGGUAAUGGGGAGCGGAGAAGAGAGGGUGGGAUGACUCUGGAGUCAAUUCUCACAGCCAUUCACAUUCAGCGUGGAUUUUCUGCAAUUUUGAAAAGGAGGAAAUUUCUUGUAAAACUGAAAGCGUCAGGGGCUCUUGUUGGCUCUCUAGUUGGAUGUUUCUUCUUCUUGUGCUGAAGUAAAUGAUGAUCUGAAGGAAAGAGCUUGGAGAAGUUCUCUGAAAACGAUUUUAAUUUGCUUCUUCUUUUCUGUGCCACACAUGCACAUGAUCACAAAUGCAGACACAGCAGUGAUAAUGCAGUUUCACGAUAAAGGGGUACCAAUAGCCACGAUAACUCGUUUUUAAAAUAUUUUGUCUUCUAAAUAGAAGUCGUUUGGUUUUAAAACUUUGGAACAAUGGUAUGGGUUUGUAGUAUCACAAAAAUGUUUAUAUUUUUUAUAAAUAACGCUGAACUUUAAUUGUAGAUGGUGUUGAUAUUAAAGUUUAAAAAGGUGAAACAGUGACCAUUUUAAAAAAUAUAUAUACUUUUUAAGCAAAUGCCUGCAAUGUGUCAGGGGUAGUUGUGUUUCAUUUGGCCAGAAAUUGUAUUAUUACAGGAAAAUUCAGUCAUGGGGAUCAAACAAAAUUCAUUAAAAGGGUCAAAGAUUUAGUUGAAAAGGCCUGUUUAAAAAUAAACAAAUAAACAUAGGAUUUGUUGAAACUUUCCUACAUGACACUUAUCUGGAGACUUGCUUUUGAAAAACUUAGUUUUAGCUAAUUUUAAAAAGUGAAAGAUUUAUUUUACAUUUGAAUUUUCACAUAUUAUACUGAGAAAACACAAUUUUUCAGAUUUAUGUAGAAUCUAUGUACUGCAACUCAUAAAUGUGUCAUACAUUUUGUUAGAUAUAUUCUGGCUUGAUUAUUGACACUUAUAAAAUACACAAAUGUCCAAAAAACACACUUGCAGAGCACAUAGAAGCAGCAGGAGAGGUCCAGCACUGGCAGGAGAGGGUAGCAGCUGAGGUGUCUUUGAGGUCAGAGGAAACUGUGUCCAUCUCCUCCUGUACACAGACAGGGCUCCACUGCUGCUCUGAGCUGGGGAUUCUUGAUGGGAAAUCCUGUGAUGGUAAAUGGUGUUUCAAGUCUGCUGGGAUACUUCCUGGAUACCUGCUGAGUUCGAGUGAAACAAAGAGAAUUUUUCCAUAAACCGUAAAGGCACAGCCAGAGACAGGUGUUCCAUCGCAGCUGUUCAUAUUUUCAGACCAUUCUGGCUACUCCUGUAACUAACUGCAAGCACCAGAGUAGACCUCUUUUUAUAACUUUGUGCCGGUGGGGGCCUUGGGCUGCUUUGCAUUAUGGUUUAGACUUGUUAUAAUGUCAGUCAUUCUUCACAUGCAUUUCUUAGGAGUGGCCCAAAAACUCCCUAAGAGAUUAAAUAGAAUUGUUAGGUCAGUUGGCUUUCCAGUCUACUUUAUGCUGUAGAACCAAACUGGCUUAGAAAAUUACAACUACUGAGGUAAUGUUGGUUGCAUGAACAAUACAAACAACAGAACAACAGAACAAAGCAAUUACAAGACACUAUUCCUGUUUGAUUUGAUUCUAUAAUCAAUAAGCAGUUCAGUACCACACUGUGUCCAAUAGGGACAAGCAGUUCACUCCUUUAGGUUCUGAACAGACAAAUUGAACCAAAAGUGAACAUUCUGCUUAAGUCACAUGAGAACAUACCAAAUAAGUCAGAUCGGGUACAACAGGUCCCAUUUUAUUGAUUAAUGAAGGGUCCUGUUUUGUUUAAAACUUGAUGUGUGGGAGAAAGAAAGAUGACACAUUGUCUUGAAGCAACCUGGUUGAUCAGGACAUUCAAAAUAGGAAAUCCCUUUUUUCUUCAAAUUACUGCAAAUCGUAGCAUCACCCACUUUUCCCCUGAGUUACAGAGUGCCACUGCCAUCAUUCCCUAGAAAAACCCCCAUAUCAGGGAUCUCUCAGUAUUUGGCCUGUCAUCACCAAUCUGCCUCGGUGUGUUCCCAAGUGUACCACUUGUGUGACUGACUCAGCUCUCAGGCUACAAAACAAGUCUCCUGGCCUGAGCCAGACUUGAGGAUGGACUGGAGUCAGGAAUGUGGCAACUGCAGGAUCAUAUCGCCAGUUUGUGUAUUUGGAGUUUAAAAAACUCUCAUCUCAUGGUUUGGUUCUCAUGGUCUGCCAUGAGUGCCUGUCAUUCUCUAGCGUCUAUGCAAGCUUAGUGCAGCUCUUCCAUGAGCAAUAACCACUGCUGACAGUCUAUAGUAUCCAGAUGUGUGGUGACCAUGUAAUUUUCAGCUCUGAAAUGGCCCAUUCCCUGCUACCCUGGUGGUCUCUCUAGAGUCAGUGCAGAAAAGGGGCUGCAAGGAGUUGAGUGUGGUAGAUGAUCCCGCUGCUUUGCAGGCUUUAUUUGUGUAUGCAACUACUGAAGCUGUUUCGCAGAGCAAUAAGGCUAUAAAACUAUUUUAAUUUCAGCAGCUCUAGAAAGGUACAGAGCUAGAGAAAGUAAAUGAACGUGGGAUUUCUGAGCAGAAAUCUAAGAAUAAAUCUGAGCAAGGCUUUCUGUAAGCAUUUCUUGAUGGUACACUUGCAAUUGACGUAACAUAAAUGAAAUUCUUCACUGUGGGAGUUUUUCAUCAGUUGUCACUUUUCUAGUCAUCAUGUUUGAGUGAAAAAAAGCCUGCUCUUUUUGAGUGUACACAGGGUAACUAAACUGAAGAAGCGGGUUCUGCCCAAAAUUGCUUUCUGAUUUACUAUGGUUAGCUGCAGUGUGCAGUUAUAAUUUAGAAAAGUUAAAUUGUCAGGAUCGUGAAGGGAUGACAUUGCUUUCAUUUCCAACUUGUGAAAUGUGACCACAUAAUCUGGAGGACAAGACCAUAGUUGCUUUCAGUAUGCUUACAGCAGCACAGUGUUUUGUGAGAAGAUAACAGUGUGCCAGCCCUCCAGAUCACUGCAAUGAAUUAGAUGAAUGCUGAAGUGAGAUCUUCUCACUAUGUGAAAAUAUUUAGGCUGCCCAUUCCUGGCAUAUCCUCUAGUGCCAGGGAGUGAUGAAAUUUCAGAGAGCGCUCCUACUCUAUGAAGUAUCAUCUAAGCCCUGUUGAUACAGCUGCCCAAAGAAAAAAAACUUAUGUUUGGCAGCCAAAAAGGAGCAACGUCCUGUUCAGUUGUUCAGUCUCCUGGAAUGAGAGGAAAGUAUCAGGGGAGAGUAAUGGACUGAAAAACAACUUACUACUUUUCACUGGUUGUUGUCACAGUUCAGUCGAAGGUGUUCUGGAAUGUCCUGUCAGCUGACUUUGCAGUUUCCUGUCUACCAGGAAGUCCUAACCAAGGCAAGGAUAAGAUGAAAGGAUGCAGUAACAGAGGGCUAACAGUGAGCAAGGUGGCAGCCACAGAAUGGCUAUAAAGAAACCACUGUAGUUCGAGAUGGAUAAAGGGGAUGGAGGGGAGGAAGGAGGUGUUGCUGUAAAAAUCUCAGCACCUCAAGCUGUUCUGAACCACAGUUACACGUGCAAAACAGAAGUAUUUUUAGAGAAGGCUAAACACUGCAUAGUCACCUCACGCCCUGAUGGCACAGGAGAUACGCCGUCUCAAAAUGUUGUUAGAAAAGAUCAGCAAGUAUGAUUUCAGUUCUACAGACAUACAGUAGAUUGAAAGCAGUAAGAAAUGCUGACACUGAGCUAUUUAUAAUUCAUUAUAUAUAAAUAAAAAAAUAUUAAUUUUUGCUCUUUCAUAGACAGCAGUCGAGGUAUAAAAACAAGUUCAGAGCUAACAAUCUACAUGGAUGAUUGGCAAAAGUGUUUGGCAAGUUGUUUCAUCAGAGUUUUGUAUGCUACAGUCUGUGUUUGUACUUGUAUUCGUUUUUAUUAAUAGCUUUCUAAAUGAAAAAAUAAAUCUAUUUUGGUACAUACCUUGACAAAUAAUACCAAGUGCUUAUAAAAAGAUUUUGUUUAAUUUUGAAAGUAUGUUUUUUUUAUUUAACUUGUUAAAAAUAGCUUUAGAUGCACUUUACUGUCGUUGAUCUUCUUUUAGAGGGGAUAUAAGCUAAAACCGUGAAUAUUCAUAUCUGCUAUAAAAAACAAAAAGUGGCAUACAGUUUGAGUCUUGCAUGGCUCAGUGAAUGAGGAGGUAUGCAUACUGUGCACGGUGUGUGUGGCAGAGUUACAGUUUUUGAUGUCUGAGAUAAGAAACCUAUAUAUGGAUCCAUUUGGAAAGACUGUUUUAUCCACAAAAGAGGAAAGACUUUCUUUUAAAGACAUAGCAUCUCACAGCCCUAACCAGGCCUUUGAGAGCUGGAAAUAGUCAUCUGAGUAGGUUUGCAAUGGAAAAAGUGUCCAAGUGUGCAGUGCUCUCCUCAGUGAAGAGUUAAUAGAAGCUUAAGACUCUGGGUUCUUGCACUGUAACCAUUUGCCUUAUUUAAAAUGUAACAAUCACAUUCUGACCUGCCUGUUUGUCCCCUGCAGCCACUUAGAUUAUAACUCCAGGUGUAGUGCAACAUCAAUGAGUUUAGAAUGUGUUUGCUGUUCAAACUAUACUGAUAAGAAUAAUGCUAACUAUUUAGGAAAACAAUAAUUUCUGUUAUUUUUGUGUGUCUAAUCUUCAGGACAGCCAUUGCUGUGUCGGCUGGUGAGGUGUGGAGGGUAGGACCCCUUCUGUUGCCCUCAGAAACAUUUGAUUGCUUUUAACGGCCAAUGUAUUUCCCUCCCAGGAUAAAUUGGCAGUGAGCUGUGCAGAACUUUCCUCAAAGCAGAACAGGCUUAUUCCAUUUCUUAAGUGUAUUUGCUAACACACCCUCCUUACUAAAUAUCUACUUUACAUAAAGAAACAAUCAAAACAUCCCACUUUUUCCAUAAAAGGAUCACCUGCAUAAAAGAGAUGGAAAAAUAAAGCUUCUCUGCAUUGCUAACAUUUUGUGGGAGAGUAAUAGUAGCAUAGAUGCGUGAGGUGUACACUCUGCAAAACAUUAUUUAGGCAGAUACAUGUAAGAUCCUUGUCUUUUAAGUAAAGCAGAGCUCGGUGGAGGGUAUAACGGUGGCAUUCCUAUGAGAUUUGUUUAACUCUGUGUGGAAAUUAUGUUGACAUUAGAUUUAGUGCUCUUAGAUAUUUAAUCCAUCGGUGUCACAGUUACUGAAUUUCUGUUUGUAGCUUCACUUGUACCUUCACUUGCAAUCCAGUCUUUAACAGUAUCAGCACUGUGCUUAAAAUGGAAGCAAGCAGAGUUAAGAUGCAAUAUCAGCUGUUAUCUACCCAUCACAAUUCUAAGGUAAUACCCCAAAAAGAGUAAUGUAGCAUAAUACCAACACUACUACCUCAUCUGAGCUAUGCACCACAGGGGUGAUGUGCUUAUUGCACUUAUAGAGCAAGUACUGGUCAACAAGAUUUGCUGCUUUGCUUUGAAGAAACUCUUAGAAGACUCUUAGUUAAUGGUUUAAUAGGGAAAGCUAAUGUAAGUGAAGACAAUUUUAAUUUAACCCAAUAAAGUAUUGUCUGUUUAGUUUUUCAGGUUGGCCUUUUUUUUUAAAGUGAUAGUGCUCUAGGCUUAGCAGAUUGCAUAUGGAGUAUUUAGACCCAGUGCUGACUAUAUCGCUAAAUAUUCUCAUUGUUACAAUGGGAAAAUACAUAAAAUAACAUUGAAUACCAUUUUAAGUGAACCUGCUGAGCAGGUAAAUAUUGAUUUAGUAUAUUGCGUUGUUCAUUUUAAUAGUGCUCUGUGAAAUAUCUGUUCCCCUCCAGUUAUUCCCUCCUUUAUCUGAAAAGUACUAAGUGCAUUAAGGCCUGUGGCCAUGCUUCAGUGUGUCUGGUAUCCACUGCUGUGAGAUAUGAUGGAAAAGAUGCCUCUGAGUGUGUGAGAGUGUUCCCUGAAUAGAAGGAAAAACAGGAUUGUUAAACUUUGGCAGGACUCAUCCUGAAAAAGGAAACAUAUGUUCUGUUUUCUCCUUGGAAUCUACUCUUCUGUGGGCCAGAAACACCAGAUUCUGGGCAGGAUCGAGUGCUGUUGUCUGAUUUGUUACCAGAGUACAGCAAAACAGAAAUGAAUGUGUUCCUGUGUUCCAGCUGUAUUUUUUUAAAAAAAGCUUGAACCACAAUCUGGUUGUGUUAGUGUUCCCUAGCCUUUCAUCACAGGAGUCUUUUCUCAUUAAAGCACUAUUUCCUUGUCUUGCUCAUGGUUAAAGCACAUGCUAAUACAAGAAUGUGAGAGCGAUCUCUUUCCCUCUUGCACAAGACUUCACUUGUGUCAGAAAGUAUCUGCAAUGAUGAAGAGACUUUUAAAAAGUGUGCCACAUUUUGAACGGUAAUGGUUCUGCACCAGAAACACUGAUCAUUGGAGCUCUAUGAAGAGCUUGUCUCUUAAGAUAACUUCACUUCAUAUCUUCCUUUUUCAACAAAUUCUGAAAGUCAUGCAUCUCAGCCAUGAAACAGUCUUAAUGUGGCUCUUGUCUGUGCACUCUGGGUAAAGUGGUUUCUCUUGAAGACUCCAGUGUAGUGAAGCUGGAAAAUGAUGGCCAAAAAAAGCUGAAAACUACAAUGUCUGAAAUGUAACUCUCAUCAGUGCAGAUUCUUAAACAAAAAAGUAGCUGAAUUGAACAAUCAUUAUCACAAGGUAUUAUGUACAGUGAGGCUAAAAGACAUGCAGAUAGAGAUUAUCACAGAGUGCAGUAAAUUACUGGCAGUUCUCUGAAUUGAUCCUUGAAAUAACAGCUUUGCAGGUAUUGCAUCAGUGACCUUAACUGACUCCUGGCCAAAGACAACAUUUGAAUGUUUGCCAAGAAGAAAACAGUGGGAAGAAGUCUAUAGGGAUAGGUUUAAGGUGAAAGGGAUAGUUAAACACAUCACAAGCUGUAUAAAAUGCAAGCUAUAAUACUGUAUAAGAGCACUCCAUUUCUUCUGAAGUCAAGCUGCCAUUAUAAAAGACUGUUAAAAAUGUCUUUUUGAGAAAUUCCUAAAAACAAAGCUUUCUACAUUUUUCUCAGUGUCAGAAAAUGAAUGUAUUCAAAAGAGCUCACUGGGAAAGUUCAAGAUUUAAGAUUAAAUUCACACCUAACACCUUAUGCCCAGUGUAUAAUAUACCUGUGAUUCUGUACAUAUGCAUAACAUUAAAUUCUUGAGGCUAUUGUACUUUGUGUUUUUACUUUGUUUUACCAUAAUGCAGUUUGUUCCAUUCAGUGAGAAAAUUGAAAACAAAUUGAAACAGCGGCCUUAAACCCAAAACACUGCAAUCUAUAUAUGCAGAAGGAAAGUCCUCAAGCUUCCAGAGCAGUCCAGUGAGUGUUGUGAAAUUAUGUGCUUAACUUGCUUAACUUUGCUUUUAUUGACAAAGGUGCAAACUGCAUUUUGGUUUAACCUCCUUCGUUAAUCUGCAUAGUCAUUAAUAAGCUAAAAUAUAACUGUCAUGGUUUGUCUUCUGUGACAAGACUUUACAUUUCUGUGUGAAAGUUCAUCACCAUUUUCAGUAAUGUCUGUACUGUAUUUAUCAGAUGUGAUCACUGAUUUUAUGAAGAAAAUGUAACCCUACACAGAAAGCUUUCAUGCAUUCUAUAAACCCUUUUUGUUUAAACAUUUACCAAGAGGGCAGAAACUUUCCUCUGAUAGUAAAAGCACAUUCUGUAAGAGUAGAUCUACAUGCUCUAAGGAGGAACUCAAUAUCCCCUGUGUCUAAACUAGACGUCCCUGAAUCACACAAUGGCUGUAUACCUCAGAAACCAACUGAUAGGUGAUAUAUAAAGUUGUGAUAUUUUUUUAUUGAACUUGUGACCAAAACAAAUUGGUCUCUGAAUUCCAGUGAUGGAUACCACUGCUCAGCUCAACUGUUUUGUUUUUAUACUUAGAGGUAUUUGAUACUUGUACUCACAUAAAAAAGCUAACUUUUGUUAUUUCCACUGGAUUGGUUUCCAGUUUCAUAGGUUUGGAUGCAUUGAAAACAUUGAACUGCUGCAGAAUGAUAAACUUCAGACCUGUAAAUUCUGCUCUCUGCCAAGGACAGUGUGAUGAAAAUACAGUUUUAUUUUAAGGUACUGUAGUUCUUCCAAUAUAUUAGUCAAGGCUUUUGCACAUCAAAUGACCAACUUGGCUAUUCAGGUUUGAAACUUCAGAUAACAUUUUUAAUUAACAAUGGAUGUUCAAUUAAAAUGUUUAUUAUAUAUGGGUUUUACAGAGUCAAAGGAAUUAAAAACAAGGCUUUUAUGGAACAAAGUUGUUUUUUUUUUCAUAAAUGUAGAAUCACUAGUUAUUUCUGUUAUAUCCUAUUAAUUUGGAAAGCCCAGUUUUGUGUUUUUCACACUGGCAUCUACAAACCCCAUUCCAGGCAGGAGUGUAAUACGAAUAUAUUUUUAAACCACCCUACAACUAAUUAUGUCACAUUUUCAAAUUGUACAAAUUUCCAAGCCAUUGUACACUGUUGAUGGAAUAUUUAUGUAGUAUAAUUGUCUUAUAACACCUUUCACACUCCCAGCGUAAGAAAACAACAUACCAGUGCUCAAGCAAUCCUGUAAUCUAACAGCACUGUUAGCGAAACAAAUAGCUAAUUUGAAGUAGUGUCAGUGAGGAAAUAAAUCUCAUAGAAAUUUAAUUAUGCAAUAACUACAAAACAACAGCAUUAGAAACAUCCAGAAUUUUAACUCACUUCUAAAGCAUCUUUCUUCUUCUUUUCUUCUGGUGAACUCUUAAUAACUUCCAUCAAAAACCAAGAACACAUUAAUGCCUUUUUCUAUGACAAUGACCUCACUUUUAGAUGUCCUUCCUUUGACUCAGACUGGAAGCAGUUAUUCACACUUUUCAGUAAAGAAAAUGACAGUUCUCCAGAGCAGCUGAAGAGUUAAACAGUUGAGAUUUUAUGUACAUUCAAGGCUAUAUAUGUCCAGAUCCAGAUAUAUCCUUCAUGGCAAGCUUGAACAUUACUUAGGUCUCUGCAUUUUGAAACAUUGAAGUGCUAUAUUAAAUGAUCUGUAGUUACACAAAGCUCGAAAAUAUACAAAGAAUUAAAUUGUGAAUGGAAUCUAUUUUUUUACUUUGUUGGAGUUCAGUCAUUAGGUGGUCGCAGAUGGCAUGAUACCUUUAGAUAAUUAAUGUUUCUCAAUUAAUUCAGUGAGUUACAAAGACUUCUUUAUUGUUUUUUCUGUUUUUGUGCUGUGUUGCUCCCAACACAGAUAUUGUUUACGGGUAGUUCUAAAUGAGCAACUUUAGCCAAUACACUGUGCAUUGUUCUUUGUAGCUAGCAGUAGCAACUAACAAACCCGGGACUUGUGAAACCAUCUUGAGGUGUUUCACCAGCAGUAUACAUGUCAGUACAUACAUCUGCUCAUGUGUGCAGUGUAAAUUAUAAUGCACUGUAAAAUCAAAUGUAGUUUGACUAGAUGUAUCUGUUAAAUCUAAAGAUUACAUUUUAUUAGAAACAUUUAGCACAGGUGAUGCUAGGCACAUGCUUUGUGAGCCUACAACUUAACCUAGGCCUUGAUUAGAGAAUGAAGAAGUAUGGGCAGAGUUCUCCAGCUUGCCAGCAGACCUUCAAACCUCUCCCUUGUCUUUUAACAAGCCGCAGGCACCACAGCCGCCUAUCUCUUCAGCACUGACAAGAGGACAGGCAUGUCCCUCUCUGACUGCACUGCCUUUUUGUAAGGGCAUGGGAGGCUGAAGGGGUUGUGGUGUUGCUAGGAGCUGAGAGAGCCCGGACUCACUAAUAGCACCCCACCCUUGGCAGUACUUAGUCCACCCUGUACCACCACUUGGGGAACACCAGUCACAGUCAGGUAGUGACAUGAAACUCAGUCCUUUGCAUUUUUAUACAUUUAAUUGCAGAUUAAAGCAUACAACAUAAUCAGCUGGCUGUACUAUUAAAACAUUCGCAGGUUUUUGGUUUAUCCAUAGUAAAAUGGAACCAGAACCUUUAGUUUAACUUUGCUUGGUCUCUUUUAUCUAAUUUCUCUCUUUUACCUAAUGGCCUAUUGAUAUGAUGUUAUCAACUCCAAUUAUUAUUGCAAAAUUGAGAGUAAAACUCAGUAUCAUCCCUAAGAAUAAGGUGACCUGAACUGUUUAGAGAAACUAUAUAAACAGAACAUUAAUUUUAAUGUGCUAUUUAAGAUACACUGGUCCAAAAUAAAUAAUGCAUAAGAUAAACAUUCUGUGCAUCACCUAUUGAUGCAUUGUGAAAAAAUGAUCUGUCGAGUGUGAUGGUAGACAGAUGGUGUUAGGUGGAGACUAGAAUUAACACCUGAGAAGCUACAAGUCUGUGUGCAAUAACAAAUGAAACACUGAUCAUCUGCUGAAUUAAAUCCUCCUCAUUAUAUUGCUAAGACUCCGCUUGCAAGACAUAAACAUUGCAAGUCCAAAUACUCCUUGUUUCUGUUCUAAAAAGUAUGACUAAUUUCAACAUUGAAAAGUUGCCUUUUUUAACAAUAAAGCAAGGUGUAAAUACAAUGUAACAGCUGACUGAAUAUGGUUCUGUUGCAGUAUUGCAGCUGAGAGAGCUGUGCUUUUGCAGUCAGUCAAAAACUGCAGGCAUCGUUGCAAAUCCAAGGGCAAUUCACUUUGCAGGCCUGAUAUAUGGGUUACAAUAAAUCUAAAAAUCAUAUGAAAGACGGGAGGAUGUGAAAGAAGCUUUUGAAGGGUUAGAAGUUGGAAGGGGGGUAUAGUUUUGAUGGAAGGCUUGGCAAAUGGGAGUGCUGAGCUGCAUAGGAAUUGCUAGGCAGCCCUAGUGCUGAUGAUAAUGGCAGAGGUGUGGUAGUCUAAAUUAGAAAAAGAACACGAGAUACGCGACAGGAGAAAACGUUGGACAGAAAGACUGCUUGGCAAGCAUUUCUGAACAUAAUUUUAUGUAGGAACAUGGAAGACAAUCGGACACACAGUAGUACAGUAUAUGGAAACUAUUCCAUUAUUGUAUUGUGCCUGUUUUUCUUGAUGACCUAAAUACCUUUAUAUAUAUAAAAAAGUAUAAAUAUACUCUGGGUUGAAGGGCAGGAGUUUAAUGAGUGGAGGGUAUCAUGAAUCUCUUUUUUAGCAUGAUCAAAAAUCACCAUGCUUCCAGAACCAUGAACAAAUUGCUUGUGGAUUGAACAUUAAAUGUUCAGAGUGAAUUAAUGCUAAACAGUCCUAGCACCCACUGCUCAAACUUACAAAAUCACACUUAGUGCUGCUAGCUCUGAUGAAUGUACAGUAACUGCUCAGACUUUAGAACUGUUUUUUUCUAAUAGUGUUGAAGCUCCAAAAGCCAAACAAGGGGAGAGAGUUAAGGCAGAGUUCACUCAUUUAUGGUAUCAUUUCAUGGUGAAAGUAAUGUUUCACAUCACACGGGGUCAAACUAAUUACACCAAACAUUUGUUACCAACGUGAUGUGUGUGUUGGGGGUAGUGGCUGAGAUACAGUAUAGAAACUGUAUACAUUGACAUUAGACUUUCAAUGAGAGGUAAGGUGAAGUAGGUUCUGGUAUUUUAACAAAGAAAAAUAAAUCUGAGGCCAGUAUCUUCCAGAAAAAAAAAAAAAACUUUGGUUGAGCAAACAACAAAACCCUGAAAUGCAGUUUUCAAAUGUUACAUAUGAAAAAAUACACAAAGGUAUUAAGCCUUUAAAGAAAAUGCUCUGGUUUAGAGAUUUUUAAACAGAAGAUUUUUUAUAAAUGAAAGUUCUUUUUCCCAGUCUCUCGGUGACCCUUUUGCACUCACAGCAGUUCAGUCCCUCAGGAAUCUUCUUGUUACUUCUAAUUUGUAAAUAAAUUGUUCCAGUCUCUUU